CGCCAUCAUGGAAGCCAGCCGCGUGCAGCCUAUCAAGCUUGCCCGGGUAACAAAAGUCUUGGGACGCACAGGUUCUCAGGGUCAGUGUACCCAGGUCCGUGUUGAGUUCAUGGAUGACAGCAACCGUUCCAUCAUUCGUAAUGUUAAGGGACCAGUUAGAGAGGGGGAUGUCCUGACUCUGCUGGAAUCUGAGCGAGAAGCUAGGAGAUUACGUUGAUUCUCACCUGGUCCUUGGCUUUCUUUACAUAGAAGAAAAAACUUCAGUAUGUACUAUCGCUGGAUAGUGGGCCAUCUGUGAAUCCAGACAAGAUCUUGGUUUUCUGUUUGUAAAAUAAAAUUUGUAAA